CGAUUUCGUUUUGUUUACCUACUCUAAUUUUGUAAGCGAUGUAUGUAUUUAAUCGAGGUUACUAUCUUUGUUGCUUCUUUGUUCUGUUACCCACAAGGCAUUUCGGCACCAAAACAAACUUCUCUUGAACACAACACUGUAGCCGCUGCUGAGCGGUAAUUAUCGUAAUUCAUAGAAUUGAAGAGUAAAAUCUGGUGGAAUUGUUCACGCUAGACCUCUUAACAUGUUUGGCCGACUUUUAAUCCUUGGGAUUCUGUUCCAUCUUGUUUACGUGAAGUCCAUAUUUGAUAUCUACUUUGUGACACCCUUGGCUCAUGGAAUGGGCCAGUAUGCAGCUGGGCAGCCACCCGCAAAUCGUCUUUUUCUGAUUGUCGGUGAUGGAUUGCGCCCAGAUAAACUCUUCCAACCCCAUUCUGAAAGUAUCGUCGGAAAGGGCCAGACGUACGCUGCACCGUUCUUACGAUCCAUUGUUUUGAAUAAUGGCACGUUUGGAAUUUCUCACACACGCGUUCCGACUGAAUCUCGUCCUGGCCAUGUUGCAUUGAUUGCUGGAUUUUAUGAGGAUGUCUCAGCUGUCACUAAGGGCUGGAAGACGAAUCCUGUAAACUUUGACUCUGUAUUUAAUCAAAGUCGUCAUACAUUUUCGUUUGGUUCCGAGGACAUUCUUCCUAUGUUUUCGGAAGGAGCUUCGGAUCCUGCUCGUGUAGACACGUUUAUGUAUGGUCCUGAACUUGAGGACUUUUCCAGUAGCGGGAUUGUGACAGAUGAAUGGGUAUUUGAUAAAGUCGAUCAGCUUUUCGAGGAUUCAUAUAAAGAUCGUAAACUAUGGGAUCUACUUCAUCAGGAUAAAUUAGUUUUCUUUUUGCAUCUUUUGGGAAUCGAUACCAUUGGACAUAAUAAACAUCCCGAUUCAAUUGAUUACAUGCAAAACAUCCAGUAUAUUGAUCAAGGAAUAAAGGAUCUCGUAGAAAAAGUCAAUCGUUAUUACGAGGAUGACAAUGCAUCUGCUUGGGUAUUUACAGCCGAUCAUGGGAUGAGCGAUUAUGGAAGUCAUGGAGACGGUGCUCCAGAAAAUACUCGGACGCCAAUUAUUGCUUGGGGUGCUGGUCUUUCUGGUCCCACUUAUGAGAAAGGCGUAGGUCACGAUGAAUAUUCUGCUCCUUGGGAUUUGUCAAGUGUGAAGCGUGUUGAUAUUAGACAAGCUGACGUUGCAGCCCUCAUGUCAUACUUAGUUGGCGCUAAUUUUCCCGUCAACUCUGUGGGUCAGAUUCCCUUAGAUUUUUUAAAUUGUACUACGAAGAGAAAGGCUGAAAUUUCAUUAAUGAAUGCUCUAGCAAUCGGUGAACAGUACAAUCGUAAGGCUUUCCUGAAGGCUAAAAGCAGUUUCCAUUUUCGACCCUACCCUCCUCUGAAAGAUUAUGCAAAUUCGAAACAACAUAUUCUAGAUCUAGUGGAAAAUCAUAUACAAAGAAACAACUUCAAGGAAGGGAUCCUUGCAAGCCUAGAGUUUUCAGAAACCGCUUUACAGGGUCUCAGAUAUCUUCAGCGGUAUGAUUGGUUUCUUUUGCGAUCGAUAGUACUCAUCGGCUACCUUUCUUGGAUCAGCUAUGUGAUAUCCUUUGUUUUUAGUAACAACACGCAUCCUGAUAUGAAACAGAAAAAUCCUAUAUCCAUUUUCCAGAGGGUUAUCUUCAACUUCCCGUUUUUAAUUUUAUCUUCAUUCUUUUACCAUCAAUCAAGCCCGUUAUUUUAUUACGCAUAUGCGUUGUUCCCGACCAUCUUCGUGCAACUUAUAUAUUCCGACUUUCCUAAUGUCAAGAUGGGUUACAGAAAAUUCAUAGAGGACGAAAGGAUAAGCAGUGGAUUUUCUGUGUAUAACUUAAUAUCCAUUGCCUUGUAUAUCUUCGGACUACUCCAAUUCGUGGUAUACAGUUAUUUCCAUCGUGAAGGAUUCUCAGUAUUCUUAAUUAUCUUUGCCGCUUGGCCUUGGUUCCUUCAUACUGACUUUUGUUUACUUCAUAAAUCUUUAGCCAGCACGUGGUCAUUUCUAAACAUUUCAUUAUGUUUUUUUACUUUAUUACCCGCAACUAAAAAAGAGUCCUUGCCGUUGAUUUUCUUGGGAGGUUUAGUAAUGAUUACUGUAGGAGGUUCAUAUACUGUCUAUCGGAAAAGACAAAUUUAUCAUUUGAAUUCGACAGUGAAGAAUUCUCACCUCUCGUUUCAAAUACUAAUUUUAAUUAUGUCAUUUAUCGUGACAUUAAAAUUGACAGAUUCUUUACAAAGAAAUGUGUCCGUAUCGCCAUGGCUACGGAUGUUUGCUUUUUUCUUAUUGAUUGCUUCUUAUGUUGUACCCUUGUCAAAAGUAAAGGCGUGCAAUCAUUACUAUUUAGAUCGAUUAGCAGUCUUGUUUUUAAUGUUUGCUCCGACAAUGUGUAUGUUGUCAAUAUCAUUUGAAGCCUUGUUUUACGUAGCUUUUUUCUUAACUAUUGGGUUAUGGAUACAGGUGGAAGCGAAACUUCAAGAACAUAUGAAGCUGACUAUGGACAACAAUGGUAAAAAGGUUAAAAGCAAGCUUGGCUUAACAAUCUCUCACUUCAGGGUUUCCCUAUUUUUUUACAUUUUUAUAAAUAUUGCCUUUUUUGGAACUGGCAACAUAGCAUCUCUAUCUUCCUUUGCGCUUGACUCGGUCAAGCGAUUGAUUCCUGUCUUUAACCCAGUGAUGCAAGGUGCUCUAUUAAUUUAUAUAAUUAUUAUCCCCUUCGUCGCGCUUUCUGCUGCCUUCGGAAUAAUGAACAAGAGAUUAGGAGGCAUUCAACGGAUUACUUUUUUCAUGGCGAUUGCUAUGGCAGACUUUGUUACAAUUAACUUUUUUUAUCUUGUGAAAGAUGAAGGAUCAUGGCAAGACAUUGGAAUAAGUAUUAGUCACUUCUGCAUUAGUAAUUUGUUAAUUCUGUUUAUAAGUAUUUUAGAGCAUGCAGGUGCUAUACUUUCAGCACGAGUCUCAUAUCAUUGUUACGGAAAAAUCAAAGCUAACUGAUGAAGGAAUGCGGUUAUUUAUUUUUAUUAUUCACGAACGUAAUAUAAUCAUAUUUUUAUCGGAUAAGAAAAGAAUGAAUAAUAGUAAUAGGUUGAUUAUGAGUGUACGGACGAAUUAUGAAUUAACAAAGAACGAAUGUGUGGAAAUCGAAACGAUAAGUAAGAAGAGAAAGAACAUUUAAAGCUGCUUAAGCAAAGAAAAAAAAGAAUUUUAUGUGAGUUACUCAAUCAUGUUUGGGAUUUCUCCAUAGCGAGACUUCCAUGCAAGAAAUCCGCCAUGGAGAAUAUAGAUAGAAGGCAACCUUAGGAAAAACUGUUCUUUUUCAUCUACAGGUAAAUUCUUAGCAGAGCAAAGAUUCUGAGCUCUAUAACGCAAAGUUUCAUAAAGAAUUCUAGCAGCUUUGGGUCCACGGAUUUGGGAGUAAGUGCAAUGUAAAACGAUAUCCUUUUGCUGUAAAAGUUGCUCGACAUACUCGUCCACUAAAGUGAGAAAUUGCUUUGAUGGAAUAUUAAUGGAUCCAGGAAUAUGUCCACCUUCAUAAUCAUCAUCACGAACAUCAAUUACGGAAAUUUUCUCCCGGUCUCCUGCUAACAGAUCUUUUAAACUUUCAGGAGAAAUGUAAUUUAAAGAACUCAUCUUUCUAAUGAAAUUAACGCAAAGUAAAAAAAUUGAGACGUAGUGGGAGAGGAGAAGUUGAUUUCUGGGAAAGAUGAAAACAGG